UAACACAACCUCAGCUGUCGAUAUAAGAUCGAAAGGCUCAUAUUCAUUACAGCAUCCUGCUAUUACAGUAGAACAUCUGAAUCCUUCGCUUUGUACCAAAAAAAAAAGCGACUCUGGAAGUUUCUUUUUCAAUUUCAACAACCAGUUACUCAAACCACCGCGGAGUAACACAUGGAAGCUUCAACCGCGGCGGAGACACCAACUCCGACGGUGAGUCAGAGAGAUCAAUGGAUAGUAGAAUCACAGGUCUUUCAUAUUUAUCAACUCUUCGCCAAUAUUCCUCCUAACGCCCAAUCUAUCAUGUUAGAGUUGCAACGAGAUAAACACGUUGAGUACCUUUCCAAAGGACUUCGUCACCUCGGUUCAACUUUUUCCGUCUUAGAUGCAAAUCGACCUUGGCUGUGUUACUGGAUUAUUCAUUCAAUUGCUUUGUUGGGAGAAUCUAUUGAUGAUGAUCUCGAAGAUAACACUGUCGAUUUUCUUAACCGUUGCCAGGAUCCAAAUGGUGGAUAUGCUGGGGGACCUGGUCAGAUGCCUCAUCUUGCCACAACUUAUGCUGCAGUCAAUACUCUUAUUACUCUGGGUGGUGAGAAAUCUUUGGCAUCUAUUAAUAGGUGGUCAGUUUAUGCUCUUCAAAGCAAAGUUCUUGCAGUAAUUUUUUUACUCUUUUGUUUGGUAGAGUUAUGUUCUCGUGCAUCUGGAAUUGAUUUGCACUUUGAAAAUAUUAUUUUCAGAAAUAAGUUGUACGGGUUUAUGCGGCGGAUGAAACAGCCAAACGGCGGAUUCAGGAUGCAUGACGAGGGAGAAAUUGACGUUCGAGCUUGCUACACUGCCAUCUCUGUGGCAAGUGUUCUGAACAUUUUGGAUGAUGAGCUGAUCAAGAAUGUUGGAGACUUCAUUUUAAGCUGUCAAACAUAUGAGGGAGGCCUUGCUGGUGAGCCUGGGUCUGAGGCUCAUGGCGGGUAUACCUUUUGUGGGUUAGCUGCAAUGAUUCUGAUUGGUGAGGUUAAUCGCUUGGAUCUGCCUCGUUUACUUGAUUGGGUUGUGUUUCGGCAAGGUAAAGAGUGUGGAUUUCAGGGGAGAACGAAUAAAUUGGUAGAUGGAUGCUACUCGUUUUGGCAGGGAGGUGCUGUUGCCCUAUUGCAAAGAUUACAUUCUAUUAUCGACGAACAAAUGGCAGAGGCAUCACAGUUUGUUACAGUAUCUGAUGCACCUGAAGAAAAGGAAUGUUUGGACGGAACCUCAAGUCAUGCAACUUCCCAUAUUAGGCAUGAAGGCAUGAAUGAAUCCUGCUCAUCUGACGUUAAAAAUAUUGGUUAUAACUUUAUUAGUGAGUGGAGACAAAGUGAACCACUUUUUCACAGCAUUGCCUUACAGCAAUAUAUUCUUUUAUGUUCACAGGAGCAAGAUGGUGGGCUCAGGGACAAACCGGGUAAACGCAGGGAUCAUUAUCAUUCAUGUUACUGUUUAAGUGGGUUGUCACUGUGCCAGUAUAGUUGGUCGAAGCGCCCAGAUUCUCCACCGCUGCCUAAGGUAGUAAUGGGCCCAUACUCCAAUCUCUUAGAACCCAUCCAUCCUCUCUUUAAUGUUGUUUUGGAUCGAUAUCGUGAAGCUCAUGAAUUCUUUUCUCAGUUGUGACGGAUGACAAGGUUUUAGCUACCAAUAGCUCGAUCAUUAGAAUGUAAAAUGUAAACUAAAAUAUGAAAUAUGAAAUACCAAAAAGAUAUUAUUGGAUGAAAUUCACGUGGAUCUAAUACAACUGCGUGGUUUUCAUUCCUGAUUUGAUUUUGAUUUACAUGAGUUAAAACGUUAAACCCUUCUUAUUCAUACAUUUGUUAAGAGCUUAAGGCUUAAUGGUUAAGCCAAUGUUAUAAAUAUUUAUGCAGAAAGCUGUUGCUUAUCA